AGGCCGCCUGGGACCAGAGGGUAAAGGACGACUCCUUUGCCGCGAGGGUGAAUCAGACCAUCCUGAAGGCUGCUCUAAGAAAUGAAAUAACCGGGGGGCCAACCGCUGAGAAUGCAAGAAGGGAUGCCUCAGGGCACCAGGGAGAGGCCCUGUUGUCGCUGCCGCUGCCAGCCCCCCGGUGGGAACAGCCCCCUUCUCCAGCUGCCGCACAGCUCAACGGGGCCUGCGAGAUUAGCUCUGCCUUAGGAAGCCAUGCCACGUGUCAGCCUGACGUCAGCCGGGAGCCAAGCGGGAAUGAGGCCGAGAUCCAGCUGCCUGUCAGCAGGUUCGAGGGGCUACAGGCGUCAACUGGGCAGGGCAGGUCUAACCCCCCACUGACGAUGCGCGCUAUUAACCGACCGCACACCGCUCGGCCAAGCAGUAAGGGCUCCAAGCCUGGAGGGAGCACCGGUGUCAUGGCUGCCCGGGCUGGUCACCUUACGGACAGGGUCCACGUUAUGGACCGAACAGCUGGAGCUCGCCCUGAGAGAACUCCCUCUUCCAAGGUUGUGAAUAAAAAAGAGGCGUGGGGCGAGAGACAGGGGGGCGCUCAGUCCCUCUCAAUCAAAGGAUCUACUCCUAGGGGAAUGCAAGGAGUUUCGCGCCCAGUCAGCGGCUCAUUGGGGCGGUCAAAGCUGACCCUCGACUUGACCAGCGUGAGGGUUACGGCCGGGAGUGCAACGCCCACGUACCGAACGUUCCGCAUGCCACGGUCGCCAGCUGUCCGAGCGGCAGCCAAUGUCCGGACGCCACCUGGCAAAGCGGCCCUCCAGCAGACGGCUUCCGUGCAAAUUCUGUGCCUCGAGACUCCUCGUCCGGAUGCAGAACCAGUCUCCUCGCCGCCAGUGGGGCCUGGUGGGUCGGAGCCCAGUUCUGAAGCAGCUGUCGAGGCUGCCCCCGGGACAGAGAGUGCGGCUGUCAGGCAGGAGGCAGCGCCUCCCGCCUUCAAGGAAGAGGUGCCAACGGAAGUUUUGGCGGCCCGGGCGCGGCUCGAGAAGGUCCAGGAGGACGUGGUAAAAUAUCCGCUCAUGGCGAGGGUGCGGAAGAGCCGGAAGCCGGCGGGGAAGCAGCCCAGCCAGCCUGGGGCGCAGAUGAUUCCGGCCCGGAACUCCGCCGGGCAGAUCGUCGGCGAGGUGGAGAUUCCGGCGGACAUUGUCAACGGAGAAAACCGCGCGGCAGCCGUUCCUAUGGUUCUGGACCGGAACGCCUGGAAGGGCGCCCGGUUGACGGGCCCCGAGGAGGAGAAGGCGCGGCAAGAAAUGAGGCGCGCGUCGCUGCAGCUGUGGCGGAACGCGAACGGGGGCUACGUGGUGCCCAGCAAGCCGAUCGUGAGCGACUACCGGGACCAGAUGCGGUGGAGGCCGGAGGAGCAGGACCAACUGGACGACACUUACCACAGCCAUAAGUCCGCAUUCAAGGAGCUCAUUGAGAUGGAGCUUUUGUACCGGCAGAGGAUAGCCCUCGCAAAGAGGGACAUGUAAAUUGACUAGGACGGCAUCCAUUGGGAUGUCGUUGGGUUGAUUGCAUAUUAGAGAUCAGUAGGGGCGUUGCGUUGGCAGCUGGAACGCGCGACCAGUGGUGUGGCAUCAAUUACGUGCAUAGGGAUGCCCUAGUAAGGAGAUACUUCAGCGGGCGUACUUUGCAUUUAUGCGGCAAAGGUGCAUAGGAGCACAGGAAAAGGAGGGAAACGGACUUAGCGACCAGCUUAGGGCAACUAAGUAAAUGCGGAGAGUUCUGACCCCACGAUGUGUCAGUGGCCCGGCCUUGCACGCAAUACAUGAGAAUUAGCACAUGUAUGCAAGGCAAUCCAGCACUUGUCCUGCGUGCAGAAAGAGGAGUAAAUAUGAAGCCACUCGUUGUCCGG